GUCAAAGGUCAUCUACUUUCGUUUUCAACAUCUGGAAGAAAAUGACAAUCGAUGUAAAUGUUUUGAUUGUUGGAGGUGGAAUUUCGGGUUUGACAGCUGCAUAUACUAUAUCUAAAAGAGACCCAAGUUUGACAUAUGUUGUUUUAGAAGCUAAAGAUAGAGUUGGCGGCAGAACUUUUUCUGUUCCCCUUAAAACUGGUACUGGUACAGACAUAUUUGACCUUGGAGGACAAUGGGUUGGCACUUCUCAAAUAGAUGUAAUGGACCUACUGAAAGAGUUAGGUAUAGAUACCUACAGUCAGUAUAUACAAGGGAGAAAGUUUAUGCAGGUUGAUGGACAUAAAAUAUCCAGUUAUACAUCAUCUAUACCCUCUCUGUCUUUCUUCUCACUGAUUGACUUGGAUAUGUCCAUAAAGAAGAUGGACAAAAUGGCCAAACUUGUAAAUAUUCUCGACCCUUAUAAAAGUCCACAGGCUAAAAAAUGGGAUGCUAUGACAGUAGAAACUUUUGUCAGUCAGAAUGUGUGGACUCAAGCUGCAAAAGAUUGCCUUGUGUCUGCAACUAGGUGCAUGAUGGGUGUUGAAUUGUCACAGAUUUCAGUGUUGUAUUUUUUAUCAUACGUAAAUGCAGCUGGUUCUUUACAAAAACUGAUUGAAGCUACUGAAAAUUGUGGUCAGGAAUUCAAAAUUAAGGGAGGAGCACAGCAGAUUUCUGAACAACUAGUCAGUAAACUUGCCAAAGACACUGUUAAACUUAGUCAUCCAGUACUAAGUAUUGAACAAACCAAAGAUUGUGUUAUUGUCAAAACCCUUAAUGGAACUGAGUUUAAAUGUAAAUCUGUGAUAAUGGCCACACCACCAAACAUGACAAAUAAAAUAAAUUUCAAGCCUAAUCUUCCAGCACCCAAAAAGGAAAUAAUGAACAGAAUGCCAGUGGGUUUAUUAAAUAAAGUUAUUAUUACUUAUGAAAAAUCCUUCUGGAGAGAAGCUGGAUGUUCUGGUGAGAUUGUAACUAUUGGUGGCCCAUCUUCUGUUGAGGGCUGUGAUGAAGGACCAUUGUGUAUCGUAUAUGAUGCUACGUCAUCAAAUAACAAUGCUGCUUUAGUGGCAUUUAUUGGUGGUAAACAAGCCGUGCAGUGGCAACUGCAACCAGAAGCAGACAGACAGUCAGCUGUUUUAAAAAGCUUGUCUUCAUUUUUUGGUGAUGCUGUAUGGAACUAUAAAGAUUACAGGGAACAAGACUGGGGACUGGAGCCCUACAGUGAAGGUAGCCCUGUAUGUUGUGCAGCACCUGGGGCUAUGCCAUACUUUGUUAGUGGAUUACGUCAUUCUUUUGAUAGAAUAUAUUUUGCUGGUACAGAAUCUGCCACUAGGUGGUGUGGGUUUAUGAAUGGAGCAGUGCAAGCUGGGAAAAGAGCGGCAUUUGAAGUUAUUUAUAGAUUCCACCCUCAAGCUAUAACUCGGGAGGAGGUGAAUGAAGCUUUUGUUAUCUCUAGGACAGACCUUAAAUUAAAACAGAAAUCAUCUCACUUACGAUUUUAUGUAUUUGGUAUUGGUUCUAUUAUAGGAGCAGGUUUAUUAUUUACUAUCUACUUUCGAAGAAAAUCAUGAUAUUUAAUCUAAGCUUUAAAAGUUAAAUUAUUUGAUACACGAUUGCUCUGAUUUUUUUUUUGAAGUAUGUUUGAUAAAGUGGGUAUUCAACUUUUUUUUUAACCAUUUUUUGGUCUAUCACUAUUUUUUUGACAUUCUGAUUGGUCUAGAUUUCAUUCAUAAGAAAGCUGAGUCUUUGACACAUAAUAAGAUAGGGAGGAAGUAAAAUUCCUGAAUUUGUCCAUAAAAAUAACCUUAUUCCCUGUGAGAAAGAAUGAUUACUGUGAAAGUACUUUAAUUUGUGGGUAUCAAUUUUUGUGGUUUGAGCAACAUUUACAUGUUCGAGGGUUUUUAAAUUCGUGGAUUUAAGUUUUCUUAAAACAAUAAACGAUUGAAAAAUUGUACCCAUUAGAAACGAAAGUUACAAUUGUCUGGAUUGAAGAAAAUUGCAAAUUGACCCGUACGUAGUGAUCACACUUAUUAACUGAGAUAGAGUGAUCAACAGAUUAAAGACAAUCAAAGGUGUAAAUUAGGCCAUAAACAUGUCACCUAAAGAAAACAGUUACAUAAAACAAAUACUUUAAACAUAUUUUGAAUUAUAAUAUAUUUAUUAUUAAAAGCAAGCCUAGCAUGAAAUUAUUAUUUCAAACUCGUACGAGAAUUUUGAGGACAUGAAAUGAACAAUAAAUUUGAAUCAUAGAAUAUCAAUGCCGGGAAUCCGACUUUCAUUGAUCAAAAAUAUUUUUUAAUGAGAAUUAACAGAUCAAAAGUUGAACAGUUUACGUUUUUAAAAAUUUAAUAGGUACAAUCCUGCCUGCAGUUGUAGUUUAUAGUGCAUUUGCCCUGUGACAACUACAUGUACUGUAGUAUCCUCAGUUUGGUGAUAUUCAAUUUACUUUUUAGAUCAUAUCAGUAGCCAAACCUACAUGGGGAUCUUUCUAUGCUUGAUUUGGACAAAGUUUUUUUCAUUUGGUUGGACACUGAAAUUCGAGGAUAAAGUCAUCCACGAAAACCUCAAAAAUUGGUACCCCACUAAUAAAAGUGCUUUCACAGUAUGUCUGAACCUUUCUGAGCAAACUUUACCAUAGCACCACUCACCUUUCCAAUACCUUUUACAUAUAUGUCAUACAUAAUAUUGUAAAGUUGAAAUAGAUUAUAAAUGUCAGUGACCAGUGCCUUAUUUGGUAAUGUUUUAAACAAAUCUAAAAACUGACAAUUGGUCAUAUAAUGUUGACAUUUUAAUAUGAAGUAUUUGUAUACACAUGCUUAAAUUUUAAAAAAAUAGCCAUUUAAUGAUAUUGAUUUUCAUUUGACAUUCCAAUAAGAGAUCGUCAUUGUGGUUUUUAAAUAUUUAUAUAAAUCAGAUAAAACAUUUUACAUGUGCAUAUUCUAAUUUUGUAUAUUAAUGCUUUGUAUAAUAAUAAAAGGGAUAAGAGGUCAUAAUUUAAUUUUAAAUAUUCUUAGCCGUUGGGUUCAUUCA